AUGGGCGUGGAGGGUGGGCGGAUGUACCAGCGCGGGUCGUAUGAUAUCCGGCGUCCUCACCAGUGCUCGGUGUGCGGCAAGCGGUUCCUCAACACCAGCCACCUGCGAGACCACCUGCGUCUGCACACAGGGGAGCGCCCCUUCACCUGCCAUAACUGCGGUCGUUCGUUCGUCCAGCGGCAGCACCUCCGACAGCACGAGCGGGCAGCCAAGUGCACGGCGCCCGUGUGCCUCACGUGCAAUCAGAGCUUCGCUAACAGAGAGGCGCUCACCCUGCACAUGCGGCUCCACCUCUUGCCCCCCUCCCCUUCCACCCCUCCCACAAUGACACCCACCACCUUCCCCCACCCGCAGUGA